AUGCCUGAUAAGCCAGCGACGGUCGUCGCUUAUGCGGCCGGAGCCUCACUUGCAGCAGUUGCCGCAUUCUACGUGUUCGGACCGACGUUUUUUCUCGACGGCGAGAACUCCUACAACACCAACGAUGGCCGCAAGCGUACAAUUAUCGGGCUGGCCAACCCGGCCAACGACUGCUUCAUCAACUCUGUUUUACAAGCCCUCGCCGGGUUGGGGGAGCUGAGGUUAUACCUCAUCCGAGAACUGCAUAGAAGACAGCUGGAAAACCAGGAAAUAUAUGACAUGCCACCGGCGGACUUGCGAAAGGGUGAAAAGGCCGAGAACAUUGUCAGUUUGCAGAAAGGGACCGUCACCAAAGCACUAAAAGAGAUGUUGGAUGCUUUGAACGAAAGACCGAUCUACAAAAAGACCAUUACUGCACGACCCAUAAUUGAAGCGUUAGAACGGGCUUUUCGGACACGGAUCAGUCGCAACCAGCAAGAUGCGCAGGAGUUUCUGCAGAUUCUCCUUGAGAGACUGUGUGAUGAGUACCAUGCGGCGCAGCGAGCACGCCUAGCCUUGUCGCGGCCGCCAACCAACGGUCAGCCCGGCGACCAGGAAGCUGUCGAGAAACCUGCGGGUUUGACUCCAACCUUGAGCGAGGUGACGGUGGGAACCAGUGAUGGCUUCCCCUUUGAAGGCCGCAUCGAGUCUCAGAUUCAAUGUCAGCGUUGCGGAUUCAGGACGAAGCCCAGUGCCACGACUUUUGUGUCGUUGACCUUGAAUGUGCCGCAGAAAAGCUCGACCACCUUGGAUAAUUGUUUUGAUAUCCUGUUGAAAAGUGAGGAAAUCGACGACUUCAAGUGCGACAAAUGCAGACUCAGGCAUGCCUUGGAGUGGAAGACCAAUAAACUCGCCGCCGCUGUGUCGGAAACGGACCGCGAAACCCUAGAAAGAGAUAUCUCGUUGAUCGAGCGGGCGCUUCGGGAAGAUCCUGAAAAGGCUCCUGACGGCGUCAUCCUGCCUGACUCAAGCCUUGCGCCGAAAUGCAAGAUUCGAAAAUCGACCCGUAUUACUGUUUUCCCCAAAGUUAUCGCUAUUCACCUUUCCAGGUCAGUGUUCGAUCCGGGAAGCUAUUCUACCAAGAACAUGGCCAAAGUGGCCUACACCCAACGACUGCGUCUUGGCGGCCUUCUCAACGAGAAGUGGUACAAGCUGUUGAGCGUGGUGUGUCACAAGGGAAGCCAUAACAGCGGGCACUACGAAUCAUUUCGACGGAAUCACUUGUAUCCGCCGUUUGCAACCCCAGAUCCUUUCCGUGCUUAUGCGGAUGCCAGUCGCAAUCUUAGCACGGUUUCUUCCAUCAAUGCCAGCCCCAGCAUUAGUGCGAUGCGUCUCAACGGCACCAACACCCCGGCUGACCCCAGUGAUGAGCAAUCCAGCACCUCGCUGUCUACAACUUCACUGGGCCCAAGUACGGCAAACAGUAGACCGACCUCGAACGGCAUGACUCCAGCCUCGUCGCCUCAGCCACCGGCAGCAGAGGGAUUAUUAGACAUGUCCGUGGUCGAAAGGACCGAUACACAGGCGUCAAAACCCCAGAUUCGGUCGCACGAGACCACAACCACGGGAAAGUUUCGCCGACGGAAGAAGUCUAAUGAUCGCUGGUGGCGCAUCUCAGAUGAUAAGAUCAAAGAGGCACGCACGUCUGAUGUCCUGUCUAUGCAACGAGAGGUAUACCUGCUAUUUUACGAGUUGGAGCGGCCUGGUGAUGAUGCGAUGGAUUGA